AUGAACAGUGCUCGAUCAGUCUCUUUUACGGCCGCAAAAUUGCUAUGGGAUCCAGAACUAAACCCUUCCUGCCGGACUCUGUUAUAUCGGGUUGACGGUAUUGUCGAAGGACGAAAUGAACCAGACCCUGACCCGGUCGUGGACCCAAGACGUCCUUUACACUUCAGAAAUCUAUGCAAGAAAUCAGUGAUUGAUUUGCCGAUCCCAAGUUUCAAGGUUGACGUAUAUUACGUCGGUGAGAAACCGGAAAAAGAAGUCACAUUUUCAAACUUGAACGACAACAUCACAUUUAAGAACUUGGAAGAUAUGUGUCGUCAUUUCGGCACAAUUAUAGAGGCAAAAAUCUAUUAUCACCCGAAGACACAACGUCACCUCGGUAUCGGAACCGUUGUCUUUACGUCUUCAAAAAGUGCAAGAGUUUGUGUAGAACACCUUAAUCAGACGUCAAAGAUGGGAAAUAUUAUGACCGUACAGGUGGACCCUUUCGGAAAAAUUAGAGUUCGUUUGAUUGCUGAGCAAAUGUCUGAUCUCCUUCCCAAACAGAAUGACCAAAUCCACCUUUCAGACAAGUCUUUUGUCAAUUCAACAUACACUAAUAUGCCUCCUAAUUUUCCGCCACAUGUUUCUUCGAAUUGUGAUCAUGCUUCAUACGAUCCUACUCUGCGUCAGUCACAUUCGAAUUCAAAUUUUGGUAGUCAUCACAAAGCGUUUGAAAGCUUACCACAAUCGCAUUGCAUGACAACUUUUAGAUCUCAUCUUUUUCCUAGGUUCUCUGAUAAACAACAUUCAGAUUUGAGAAGUUGUUUACAUCCGGACAAAUCAGCAUGUGUCCUGGAUACUGAUGAUGUGUCAGAUUUAUCUCAUGUUACCACCCAACGGUAUCGGAAAUCAUCAAGUGAUCUAAACAUCCAUGAGAAAGGUAUGACUCACUCAGCAGCAGACCAUGACGCACCCUCAUCUGAAGUGGCUGCAAGUGUAUCGAAAAGGUGUUGUAAUAGUGAAGAUGUAAAACUUCAGGAGUCUCAGUAUUAUGAAGAGUCUCUUGAAGCUCGCAUACAGAAACUGCUUAAACUGAACUCUGUAAAACCGGCUUCCGAAUUAAGCGAUGCUCACCAUAGUCCAGUUGUCGUAGAUCAUAAUUCCAAUGUCUGUAACGCUCUUCCAAUCACUUCAGAAACAUAUUUGCCAACUUGUGUGCAUAAUAAACCUGAUGAUCCUGUACAUUCAGAGAAACCUUCCAAAACAAUAGCUCAAAAAGGAAAUUCGCAUUUUGAUUCAUCAAAAAAUACACGGGUAGUGACAAGUCCUUCAAAUCGCCGCACACUUUUGCCUACUCCUGAAGGAUCAAAUGAAACUGUCAAAGGACCUUUGUUUAAUCCUCACCGUCCACCUCUUUUAAAAACUCCUUAUAAGUCGGUGGACAUUCAAGAAGUUCUUAAAAUAAUUGAUGAUGUGCAUAUGGUUUUUGUAGAUGAAUUACGAGGGAUAAUACAACGCGAUGUAACCCGAAAGCUUGUUGAAGGUCAAGCGUUCAAACUAUUUUCAGAUUGGUGGGAUUCUAAAGAACGGGAAUGUAGACUCAAUCAUGCCAAACCACUAUCUACCAACAGCCUGUACCAAACUAAUCAUCCGACCACUAAGGAUGAUAUGUGUACUAAUUCCCUGGAAAAGUCAAAUACAUCUCAUGAAUUCACUGUAUUAUCGCGCACUGACCAGAAUGCCAGUACUAACCUAUCCAAUUCUUCGUCUAUCCCUAGUACAAUUUCAUCUAAUAAUCCUGUAUCAAGUAUGUCUGAAAAUAACACCUUGUCUUCCAGUUUCAAACUUUUCGGUCUUGGUAUGUUCACCGGCUUGCGAUCUGCCUUGCCGAAAAUCAGACGUAAACCUCGUCCACCUAGUCCAUUGCCACCGUGUUCAAGUGCUACUACUUCGACAUCGAAAAAUGAGUCUCUUACUGUUUGUCAAGAUGAACGAAAUACAAAUUCUCUUCAUGAAUGUGAGUUAAAGCUGAAAACGUCUCCUGUUUGGAAAUCUCAUCAUUCCCGAACGCAAAAGGAUAGUGAUACUUCAUGUUCAGAUAUGGAAAAUGAUAAUGUAAACAAUGUUUGCCGAGAAGUUUCAGAGUCUUCAGACAAUGAAAGUUCCACAGAGAGAUCGAAUCAAACAACCAAUGGUCGUGUAAAAAAUCUGAAGAAAUCCAAUGAAUGUCAAAGCAGACGACGUUCUGAACGUUCUGACAAAGAUGAUAAAUGUGAUCGGAAACGGUCACAGUCUAAACUGUUACUAAAACCAAGUCCUUCUCCUGAAAACAUUUGUACAAGUGACUACGCAUCGUCGAAUGAUAGUGAAAGUAUUGUGCCGUCGAAACCACGUCGUCCUAUCAAGUUUCAUAGAGGACACUCACGAGUUUCAGAUGUAUUUGCGCAAAGCAGCUCUACUAGCUCUACUGGAUCAAAUUCACCAUCUGAUAAUGAAAGUUCAGAUCCAUCAACUGAACCACAAAAUGAUCCCGAAGAAGCGAACAGAUAUAAAAAGCCUUCAUCUGAUGAACACUCUGAGGAUUCAGUUUCUGAAUCAAGGUCUCAUAAUCAUGCAUGUUUAUCACCUGUUGAAACUUCUCAUUGUGAACCUAUACAGAAUGGGAACUCUGUUAAUUCAAACUCUUCACCAAUUUCUUCACAAUCAGAGAGUACUUUGGAUUCUGAAGGGAAUGAAGAAAAAUCACCUGAAACUGCAGGUGAAAUUCAGAAAUAUCAAGCUAAUACCAUCUUUCAACGGUCACCCGUACGUAAGCCUAUACACUCUCCUCCAAGUGAAGUUCAACGUAAACGAGGUCGACCUCGAAAGAAUGACCAGCAAUCUACUAAAAGUUUAUCUCGUUUGAGCCCACAGAAAGAUACACGUAGUUUUACAGGUUCUUUGGAUUCUACGAACUCUAGUUCCGAAGAUGAUGUGCUACAAAUGAAUAACAAUAAUUCCAUUUGUUCACUUCUUAAGGAUAUCCCUCCCCACAAUGGAACACCUACCCUAGUUAAUCCAGUAAACCGUCAACCAAAUUCUGAUUGGUCUAUACUGCGUGCUUCUUUGGAACUUCAGCCUUCAGAUUAUGCAGUUCCGUCAACGUAUAACUGUCAACUGUCUGGGGGCUCACGUAGAAAACAGAAUCUUGUUAGUCUGCGUAGGAACGAUAAUGAAUACAUAUCAGCCGCUGACCAAAGGAAUAAACUAAUAUCAUUUACUGAGCCUGAUGUUCCUCAUAAGAUUAGUUUAACUUCUGAUCAAAAACUUCACAGAUAUCCUCCAUAUCAUCCACCGAGAAUUCCUGUAUCGUCAGAAGAACAUGAAGACUUGAAACUACCUGUGAAGUGUAUGAAUACAGCUAAUAACUACUUCUAUAAUCAGAGGAAGUCGGAGAAUCUACAUGACGAAAAUGCCGAUAGUGAUUCGACUGAAUCUGUAGAAAUCGAAGAAAUUGUAGAAGACAAAUACAUGUGGCCUGAAUGUUUGCUUGCUGAUCAUAAUUACUUUCGUAUUCCUGAAAUUGGAUCUGUUAUUCACUAUCGAUCUACUAAACGUGUCAAUAAGUACAAAUCGAAAAUGAAUUCUAAGGAAAUCCUCACUGAUAGUCAUUUGAAUACAGUAGAGAAUUUACGAAAACGUUCUUGGGACACUGAUCAUCUGGACAACGGGGGUGAUAUCAGUGGUGACGAUUCUUGUGAUUUUUCUUCCGAAUGGUUUAAACUGUCAAAAAGGUCUAGUAUGUCAGGAUCUCUUCUGAAGAAUGAAGAGCAUCUUGAAAGUUGUAAACCCGAACUCAAAACAAGUAAACUUCUUAGAGAAAAUAAAACUCAAAGGUUUACUGAAACAAAGUCUAAACCUACAAAAGUCCGUGGUUCACGUGAACUUGCUAGUCUUCUAACACCACUAGCUAAGUCAGAAAUCGGUCGUGUUCUGGCAGACUCUUAUAGAGUACAAAAAGAAGGUAUCGAACGUGGUUCUUCGAAGUCACAAUUACAUUUUGAACCAAGAUCAGCAUCUGAAGAAGAUUAUAUAUUAAAGAGCAUUUUAUUUCACGGUAUGGAUACAGAAGAUCUUGGUUUCCUUUGUGAAGCUUACCAGUUUUUGCUAAACAAAUGCCACUCACCACUAAAUGCCACUUUAUAUCGUGAUUCCGAAAAAGAUGAUUGUCAUAUAAGUACUGAACAUACCAAUCCUUAUGUUGCCACACUUGUAAGUCUUUCACAUUGGGUAGAGCAUCCACCUACCCUUGUUGCUGAUCCUUGUACUGUAAAAAGUUAUAUUGAUGAUCAUGGUCGACUUGUUAGCUCACGUAAUUUGUCAUCACGACGGAGAAAAUCAGCAUCACGGCGGCACUACAAUAAAACAUCCCGUUCAAAACAUUCUGUAUCUAACAUUUCUUCUGUUCACCAUAGAUCUUUCACACGAUCAUCUGACUCUGAUGAUCUCUAUUCCCCCUUGUCUGAUCAGUCCACUGAUCAUUCUUCUGAUGAAAAUAACAUGAAUAAUUCUGACAAAAAUUCAGUUUGUAAAAAGGAAUCCUCUCCAAGUUACUCACUUCCUAUACAUUCAUUAUAUGGACGCAAAACGAGACGAUGUUGGCCGAAGCUUGAUGAUCAAAUUGUUACAGUAGCUAACUAUGCUGCCUCUUUAAUUGAAAACAUUGAAACAAUUGUGGAUAAUGUUGAUGUUCAUCUUGGCCCCGCAUCUUGUCUACCACCAAUUCAUUUAUCCGGUUCUGCUCGAACACAAGGUUAUUAUCGAAUGCCUUCGGAAGAAAGGUUUAGACGCCCUUGGUCUGUUGGCCGAAGUUUGAUUGGAGAAGAUGGCCGUCGUCGACCGAUUCCUUUAAUGCCUGCAACAGUACAAGCACAACUUGGAGGUGAUGUAGCUUUACAAGCUCUUGGUGAAAAUAUUGAAGAACGCCUAACUGAACAGGCAUCAGAAGCCAAGAAAAAGCAAUUAACACAGUUUCGAGAAGCUCGUUCUGUUCAACGUCGACUUCUAGCUGAAUUUCAGGAUAUAGAAACAGGCGAUUUACUUAAAUUUAACCAGUUGAAGUUCCGUAAAAAGCAACUUAUAUUUGCUAAAUCACCUAUUCAUGCUUGGGGUCUUAUCGCUUUGGAGCCUAUAGCCGCUGAAGAAAUGGUAAUUGAAUAUGUUGGUCAUGUGGUUCGUAAAGGUGUAGCCGAAUUACGAGAGCAUCAGUAUGAAGAUAAAGGUAUCGGUGGUUCGUAUCUCUUCCGAAUUGACGAUGAUUUUGUGAUUGAUGCCACGAUGUGCGGUAAUAAUGCUCGGUUUAUCAACCAUAGCUGUCAGCCUAACUGUUAUGCAAAAAUAAUAAUGGUUGAAAGUAAGAAGAAGAUUGUCAUCUAUUCAAAGAGAGAUAUUAACAAUUAUAAUAUGUAUAUACUUCUAUAUAUAGUUCUGGUGUUUGCUUUAUGA